CUUCAUUCUUCUUCAGUAGUUUCGACAAGUUUUACUUCUGGAACAGCCAGACUUGAACUGUAGUAUACCCUCUACUGUCAUCUCCUUUUUCGUUUGGUAGCAGAAAUGGGCGAGGCCAAGUGUCCCGUGAACCAUGUCAACGUCGCGGGUGGCGGAACCAGAAACCGGGAUUGGUGGCCCGAGUCUCUCAAGCUCAACAUUCUUCGCCAGCACACAAGUGUGACGAACCCUCUUGGAGCCGACUUUGACUAUGCGGCUGCUUUCAAGACUCUUGACUAUGCCGCUGUCAAGAAGGAUCUUACAGCCCUUAUGACCGACUCCCAGGAUUGGUGGCCUGCUGAUUUCGGCCACUACGGAGGUCUGUUUAUUCGUCUCGCAUGGCACAGUGCCGGCACAUAUCGUGUCUUCGACGGUCGCGGCGGUGGUGGCCAGGGCCAACAACGAUUCGCACCACUCAACAGCUGGCCAGACAACGUGAGCUUGGACAAGGGCCGUCGUCUGUUAUGGCCUAUCAAGCAAAAGUACGGCAACAAGCUUUCAUGGGCUGAUCUCUUCAUCCUGUCUGGUAACGUUGCUCUCGAGUCCAUGGGCUUCAAGACCCUUGGAUUUGCUGGUGGCCGUUCAGACACUUGGGAAGCCGAUGAGUCUGCCUACUGGGGUGGCGAAAACACAUGGCUCGGCAACGAUGUUCGAUAUGCCCACGGCUUUGCUGGCCCUACCAGCGACGGCCACGCUGUCCUUGAAACUGACGAAAAGUCGCACACUGACGUCCACUCUCGCGACCUGGAGUCUCCCCUGGCAGCUGCGCACAUGGGUCUGAUUUACGUCAACCCUGAAGGCCCUGAUGCCAAUGCCGAUCCUAUUUCAGCCGCUCGGGACAUCCGUAUUACCUUCGCUCGUAUGGCCAUGAAUGAUGAAGAGACCGUCGCUCUUAUUGCUGGUGGCCACACCUUUGGUAAGACUCACGGCGCCGGCCCUUCAACCCAUGUCGGCUCUGAGCCCGCUGCUGCUCCGCUUGAGAACCAAGGUCUCGGCUGGGUAAGCACUUUCAACUCUGGAAAGGGGCCGGAUGCCAUCACCAGUGGUCUUGAGGUGACCUGGACCAAGACACCAACUCAGUGGAGCAACCAGUUUUUCGAGUACCUCUUCAAGUUUGAAUGGGAGCUCACCAAGAGCCCUGCCGGCGCCAAGCAGUGGGUUGCUAAGAAUGCCGAGCCCAUCAUUCCCAAUGCGUUCGAUUCUUCCAAGAAGCAGCUGCCGACCAUGUUGACCACGGAUCUGUCACUUCGGUUUGACCCUGUAUACGAGAAGAUCUCUCGCCGCUUCUUGGAGCACCCCGACCAGUUCGCUGAGGCUUUUGCCAAGGCCUGGUUCAAGCUGACACACCGUGACAUGGGACCUCUCAGCCGAUACGUUGGCCCUGAAAUCCCCAAGGAAGUGUUCUCCUGGCAGGAUCCCAUUCCUGCUGUUGACUACACUCUGGUCAACGACAGUGACAUUGCUACUCUCAAGAGCCAGAUCUUGGCAACCGGAGUGUCACCAUCCAAGCUCAUUUCCACCGCAUGGGCAUCUGCUUCGACCUUCCGAGGCAGCGACAAGCGUGGUGGCGCCAACGGUGCUCGUAUCCGCUUGGCACCUCAGAAGGACUGGAAGGUGAACAACCCUCCUCAGCUGGCCGAGGUCCUGAAGGCUCUGGAGAAGGUCCAACAAAACUUCAACAGCUCUCAGAGCGGCAAGAAGGUGUCUCUUGCUGACCUGAUUGUUCUUGCUGGAGCUGCUGCUAUUGAGAAGGCCGCCAAGGACGCGGGACACAGCGUCACCGUUCCCUUCACUCCUGGCCGCAACGAUGCUACUCAGGAACAGACUGAUAUUGAGUCAGUUGGCUAUCUCGAGCCCCUUGCUGAUGGCUUCCGUAACUAUGGCAGGUCUUCUCCAAGGGUCAAGUUGGAGCACUUCCUGGUCGACAAGGCGCAUCUUCUCACUCUCUCCGUGCCAGAGCUGACUGUUCUUGUUGGUGGUUUGCGUGUUCUGGGCACCAACUACGACGGAUCAACUCAUGGUGUCUUCACCAACCGUCCUGGAGCUCUGACAAACGACUUCUUUGUCAACCUUCUAGACAUGGGUACCGUCUGGAAGGCCGACCCUUCUGAUGGUGACCUCUUCGAGGGCAGCGACCGCAAGAGCGGUGCCAAGAAGUGGACCGGUACUCGUGUUGACCUUGUCUUCGGUUCUCACCCAGAGCUUCGCGCUGUUUCAGAGGUUUACGGCAGCUCUGAUGCCGGCCAAAAGUUUGUCAAUGACUUCGUCAGCGCUUGGACAAAGGUCUCCAACCUGGAUCGAUUCGACCUCCCCAGAGAUUCUGAUGCGAGACCCCGUUUGUAAAUUGGAAAUUGGCGAUUGAGAAAUUAUUUGAUGCCGCUCAAUGUUUGAUGUCACAGUCUGAAUAUUGGUACGACCAGAAUGUAUUUUAAAAUAAAAGCAUCGAGCUGUAUGUAAAUAAUAAAAUUGGUAAAACUGUAACUAGGUAUAUAUCCUGUGUUAAUCAAUAUUGAAGGAAGUCACUUGACAAU